AUGGAAGCUGUUCGCCGGGCAGCCGCGCAGAUUUGCCGCAGGUUGCCUGGCAUUUAUGGCCUCGCAGGCUUUAUGGUCUGCUGUGUGUGGCCUUGCAGGGCCUGGAUGACCCGGGAGCCGCGCCGGGCGCUGAUGGGCACCCGGCAGGUGUUGCUCUUGGGGCUCGAUGGCGUUGGGAAGUCAGCUUUCCUCUGGCUCUGCGAAAACCGUCACAGCCAGCGGCUUCCGGCUGAGAGGCUGGUGCCGACCAUGGGAGUGCAGAAACUGACCAGAGCUGAGGUCCCGUGCAAGCAGGGGUUCGUCAAUCUGGACUUUACUGAGAUCGGUGGCAACAUGCGGCUGCGGGAAUACUGGCAGCACUACCUGCGACCGUCGCUUAGUUUGGUCGUCUUCUUUGUGGAUGCCCGUGUGGAGGACGCUUUGGAUGCUUUGGGCCGCCUGGCUGGAUCUCUGCGGCGGAUGGCACCGGAAGCUUCACUGGUGAUCGUGUCAGUGAAGAGUAAUGUCGAGGUUCUCAGGGUUUCCAUCGCAGCCCUACGUGCAAGAUAUCCUGAGCUCCCAGAGGCUCGCCUCGCCACUUCUGGAUUGCACUUGGAGGACGGCGCUCGUCCACAUGCCAAUGCCUUGCUGCAGGAGAUCGCCGACAUUGUCACAGCAGGUGCUGCCAUGCAUGCUUUCCGGGCAUGCGCAGUCCUUUCACAGGGCCUGGCCUGGAUUCUCUGGGGCGAGAUGUACGCAAUCCAAACUACUGCGUGCUGCAAUGCAUCAACGUCCCGACUUAGCACAUCCGCGACCUUCGCGGUGAUGGAAGCUUCGACGUUGCAGGCGCGGGUGCUGGAGAAACUCCAGGCCACAGGACAACCAGCCGCGAGAGGGUCCGCUUCCAGCCGGUUGCCCACACAGACGGUUUCAAACCGGAGGAGACAGGUCAGCGAGUCUUCAUCCAGCGAGGAUGGCUUUGGUUACAGCAGCAGCGACAGCGAGAGUGACAAGGAGUUGCGCCUCGAUGUACGUUCUACGCAGGUAGACCUCCUGAAGGCAAGUCGGAUCUGCAGUCGCAGGGAUUUGACCAAUUGCCUCCGCAAACGGCGUCGGCUGCUGCAGAUCUCGCUGGCCGCUCUGAUUGUCACAGCCUUAAGCUUUGUGGCCUUUGCUGCAUACGAACUCGAGCAGACGGAGCAGCUUGGAGGGAGCCUGCAGCAAGCUGCACCCAGAUGGCGGACCGACGAUUUGCCGCAGCAGGCAUGGCUGGCUGCUGGCUGGGGCCUGCCACCUGUCAUGCGGGAAUCCCGGCCAGGUGAUGGCCUGCGUUCGAACAAUUCCUACCACGCAGCGGAAAUCAAAGCGUAA